AACAAAAGCGUUUGGUAAAAUCGAUUUAAAAGCGAAUCCGGAAGUAGAUGGCCGACAAAUAAUAAUUUAGAAAUGUCAUUUCAGAGAAUUCGUUUUUUAUUCGCUUGUUAGCUACUUGCAAACAAAUAUGUCGGAGGCAGACGAUUUUGGACCAAUGCAAUCGGCAGAUGAAGUGUCAGUGCUGAGAGCAAGAAUAGAGCAGUUAGAGUUGCGUGAACAGCAAUUUAUUAAGCAACAGCAAACAAAUGAAGUUGAAUUUGGACAGAAAAGGGCCCGUUUUAGGGAAUUGUUCCUGCAGAAAGAAGCGGAGUUGAAGACCGUGUCUGACAAGUGCUACGGCUUAGAGGGAGCUCUGCAGGAGACACGGGGGGAGCUGGAGGAUCUCAAGGCAGCUGUAGCGGUCUCCGAGGCAAACAAGGAGGAGGAGAUCUCUAAGAUACGACGCCACUGUCAACAAGAGGUCCAAUCCAUGCAGGCGCUUCUCAGGGAGGCUGCUGAGGAGGCAUCCAGUUCUACAGCAGCCCAGUACGAGACGGAGCGGGCCAAGUUGAAGGAGCUCAAUGAGAACUACGAGGAGGAGAUCCAGUCCAUUCGCAGCAAACUCUCGCAGGAACGACAGCUAGACAAGGGCGGGAAGGGAUUUCUCUCAUCUGUAGCCGACAUCGUAUCAAGAGGGACUUCUUCCCUUAACCAAUUACACAGCGAGAGUGAAAAUCUUGAAGAAGACAUGAAAAAGGCACAGCAAGAUGCCGAAAUGCUGAAGUCUGUUGUUGUACCGCUUGAAAGAGAGAUAGAAAGUCUCAAGCAGAAAUUAAAGCAACGUGCGGAUGAUGUGAAGAUGCUGGAGAGGCAGAAAAUACAGUUGCAGGAACGUGUGGUUGCUAUGGAAGCAGGGUCAACAGGGGCUGAUCCCACCAGCCCCGUAAAAACCACCUCUCUACCAUCCCUUGAUGAUGUCAUAGACCCGGAAGAAAAGAUAGAGAAGCUGAUAAAAUACCUGAAGGCUGAGAAGGCGUCCCGUACAGAUCUAGAGAUGUUUGUAGCCGUCAUCAACACUCAGAAGGCUACCAUGCAGGAUGAGAAUGACAAACUCAGGAACGAACUCAAUGAAGUUUGCAGCAUUCUGGACGAGGAGAAGCGAGCUCAUGGCCAGCUGAAGGAGACCUGGCAGAUGGCCAAUGACCAGUUCCUGGAGUCUCAGCGCCUUAUGAUGAUGGACAUGAGACGCAUGGAGAGCCUAUUGUCAGCCGAACAACAGAGGCUGCUGGCAGAGCAACAAAAGAAGGAUCUAGAACGCGAGGCCCAGAAGAGGAGGGUGAAGGAGCUAGAGGACUUGAGGUUUAAACAGGAACAGGAGGUCAGCCUCACUGCAGCACAGCAGGCCAGCAUAGAUGCUGUAAAAAUGGUGGAUGAAGCCACUAAGAAACUGAAAGACCCAAAGUUGGUUGUGAUUUCCAAAGACAAAAGCAUGUCGAACACAUCUCUAAACUCAAAUGCCUCUCUGGAUUCUCUCCAGUUUGAUUAUAGUGUAACGGACACCUCAUUGAAGAAAUCUCAUUCAAACUUGGACAUAAACUUGUUGUCUGACCAGGAUUAUUUUGAUAGUUCUUUGCACGAAACUAAGUCUUUGACUGAAAUGGAUAAUUUAACUGUGCGUAUAAGUCCUGAAAAAGUGAUACAGGUGCCACUUCUCAAUGAGGCGCAAAUGAGGGCCAUAACAGACCCUACACCAGACAGUGAGGUGAGGAACCGUCUCCUGGCAACCGCUAAGUCAAAAACCAACACAAUCUCAUUAGAGGGCAGACGUCUAGUCAGUGAUAAGGAGUGGGCGCUGGUACAGGAAGAGCUGCGUACAGCGCGAGAGAAGCUAGGCCGUCCCUGUGAUAUGUGCAAUAACUAUGAGGCACAGCUGCAGUUGGUGCAAGACAAUAGUCGCAAAGAGCAGGCAAGCUACCGUGCCCUGGAGCGCGAGUCGAAGGCAGAGAAACAGACGAUAGACAGUCAGAAGAAGUACAUCUGUGAGCUGGAGGAGAGUCUCAGGAAAGCUGCCAGCGAAUCAAGUGAAGAGGUUUCUGCAGUUUUGACCAAGACCAAAGAGUGUGAAAAAUACAUACAGGAGUUAAAGCAACAAACCAACUCAACACAGCUGGAGUUACAGGAUUCACUGAGAGAUCUGACAAAGGAGAGGGAGGGACUGCAGAAGGAGCUGACCCGUCUACAGGAGGAGAACGACUCACUGCAGGCCAAACACUCGAAGCAUGCAGGGCAGUUACAGAAUGAGGAUAUAAACCUGCCUAACAACCUAGAUGACAUGCAGCUACUGUUGCUGCGUUACCGAGAAGAGAUCAUAGCUGCGAAGGUUGCCAAGGAGCAUCUGGAGGAAACACUGAGGAGUGAGCUGAUGUUCCUCAAGGACCAGGUGAUCUCAGAGCAGCAGGAGAAGGCAACUGUGGAGGAGACUCUCACCCAAGAGAUCAGUGGGCUACAGGAGAAACUGGCAUUCCAGGACAGUGUCCGCUCAGAGCUGGAGCGUGAGACGUCAGUACGCAAGGAGGUGGAGUCGCGACUGCGGGAUCUGGAGCUUCAGGUGACAUCCAAGAAUGCUACGGACAGGCAGAAGAUAGAGAGACUAGAGAAUGAUCUAAAGGAAAACCAAAACACAAAGAGUCGUCUGGAGAAUGAUGUAUACUCACUGCGUCAAAAGAUCUCCUCCUUGCAGACGGACCUUGACAACAGUGAGGCCGUACAAAGAGACUUUGUGAAGCUCUCACAGUCACUUCAGAUCCAGUUGGAGCAGAUCCGACAGGCGGAGAACGAGGUGCGCUGGCAGAACGAGGAGGACAUUGAUGACUGCUCAGCCUGCAAGCAGCAGUUCACAGUCACCAAGAGAAAGCAUCAUUGCAGACACUGUGGAAGAAUAUUUUGUUCAGACUGUAUAACAAAGACAGUGAAGAGUGGUCCAAAUCUACGUCCAGCAAGAGUAUGUGAUGUGUGUCACACUAUUCUUGUUAAAGAUGCAACGCCAUAUUUUUCUACUGAGCCGCCAAAUUUACAUAGAUGAGAAAAGUUGUGUGUGUCAUAUUGGAAAUUAGAUACAAGUUGUGACAUGUGUCUUCAAAUUCAAGUUGUUGCUUUUUGAUACAAGAAUUUGUUUGUACAAACAAGAUCAUGAUUAUUAUAUAUAAGAGAUGACUAGUUAUAUUAUAAACAUAUAAUACAUAUAAAGGUUUUAAUCAGAACACAUUUAUUGCCUGGUAUAUUCUUAAUUUGGUUGAUGACCUAAAAGCAGAAUAUUACCUUGUUAUGUAUUCUGUUAAAUUACAAUAUUGUAGUGAUUGAAAACACAUAAAAGAAGAGGUAACUUUGUAAGUCACAUUAUGAUGUUCAUCCAAAACUCAACCUUUUGAAAAGAUCCCAACGAACCCAAAACUGUGUCUGAAAUAAAGCCAUCACUACUCUGCACUGCAAUAUUCAUAUUGGUAAACAAGCAGCUCUAGCAAAGAUGAGAUCUGUGUAGUUUUUAAAAUGCACGUUUAAUGUAUGAUAAAGAUAGAAUGAAAAUUGUAUUUAUAUAGGAGACUUCUCUUGUAUUUGUUCAGUUUAUGAAACCUUAACAAUUGAUACUGCACUUUCAUGGAAUCUUGACAAAAAAUGGCAAGUGUGUGUGAGACCAUUUAAUUUGGACCCUUUUAAUAAUGUUCAAGGUUGGACAUUUAUUGCUCGUCCAUUUUACUGCAGAAAAAAAGAUUGUGACAUUCAAGUUUUUUUUUUUUUGUGUCAAAACUAAUCAUGGUAAUCAUGGUAAAUACUUAACACUUAAUUUGUGUAUAUGUAAUGAUGUGAAAAUACUUUACACUUAAUUUGUGUAUAUGUAAUGAUGUGAAAAUACUUUACACUUAAUUUGUGUAUAUGUAAUGAUGUGAAAAUACUUUACACUUAAUUUGUGUAUAUGUAAUGAUGUGAAAAUACUUUCAACUUAAUUUGUGUAUAUGUAAUAAUGUGAAAAUAUUCUAAUGAGUUAUCUUUAAAGGCAUGGACAUUUAAAUGUUGUUUUCGUGAAGGACCUUUUGAUUCUUAUUCUUUAGAUGCUUGUUAUGUUUGGCAGUAACAUGUACAUUUAAAAUCCUCAUGUUGAAGUUUCUUUCAUGUGUAUAUUGUCCUGUCACAGCUGUUGUAAUUUUGUUUUUAGGGAUGUGUUAAUAAAUGUGUGUAUUUUGCUCAAUUAAUACUGCUUAAUCAUUUCAAUUGGCGUAGAAAAGCAUUCAGAUUAAAUUAAUCUGGAUUGAGAUCAUAUUUAUGGGAAACUAAUACAGCCCUUUACUACUUUUGUAUUACAUGCACAAUGUAGUUGUUUAUUAGGUAGCCUACCUAUUAGGAAGAGUGGUUGAUGUUCAGAAUCUCUGUAUGAGCUGUGAUCUGUGAAAAGGGGGUUUAAUGCAUGUGUGUCAAGUGUCAUCCCAGAUAAGCAUGUGUAGUCUGCACAGGUUAAUAAGGGACGACACUUUUCUUAGCAAAAAUCCAGUUAAUGCGGAAAGUGUUGUACCUGAUUAGCCUUUGCAGAUUGCACAGGCUUAUCUGGGAAGACACUACGCACAUGCAUUAAACCCCCUUUUCACAAGGCGAGGCUCAUAUAAAAUGUACAAGAGUCUUAAAGUGCUGUAGUUCGGUUCAUUCUAGCUGUAUUUCGUGUUCAGGUGUGUGAAUAGAUUUUGCAUUCUGCACCGAAAACCUACAAUAAGGACUCUUCUGAUUGUAUUAAAUUUAGAAUAUUUGUAACAAGGUGGUGUGGAUAGUUAAAGCUUGAUAAUUAAUAUCAAUUUAUAGUGUGAAUUAUUAAAAUGAUAUAUCAAUGUUUACAGUAUAUUUGUAUUUAUGCUAAUUUAUAAAAUAACAUUUUGAACUAUUGAAGACUCAAUAGAUUAGAGAUAUUCAUUUUUUAACCAAUAUGGGAUUUAAACAUAUUUAUCAAAAUAAUGUACCAAUAUUAAUGCUGAAUUGUGUGGUUUAAUGUUUUACAUAUGGCCAUGUGCUGUGGGUAUUGUCUAUAUUUUGUGACACACUUAACUUUCCAGUAUGUUUAUUGUCCCCUACCGGUUUUACCAGAGGGGACUUAUGGUUUGCGCUCUGUGCGUCUGUCUGUGAGUCUGUCUGUCUGUCACACUUUUCUGGAUCCUGCAAUAACUUUAAAAGUUCUUCAUUAGUUUCAUGAAACUUGAAACAUGGAUAGAUGGCAAUAUGGACAUUAUGCAUGUCAUUUCAUUUUGUUUCUUUGUCAAAAAUUCUUGUUGCUAUGGCAACAAAUAACAUAUAAAAUAAGAAUUCUGACAAUGGUAGAGCGGGUAGAGGACAUACAUUGCUUGGCAAUAGUCUUGUUGUUGUUUAUUUUUCAUAUUUAAAAAUCAUUAAAAACUUAAUAAAAAAAGACUUCAAGUUUUUAAGGAAUUCCUUAAACUAUUGAAUAUUGAAUUGUUGUAAAAACUUGGAUUACUUGGUUUGAAUAACCAAAAGCUGUGUAUAUGAACACACAAUGCAUAUAAGUUCUAUUCAGAUUAUUCAGAGAUGGGAAGUGGCAAUAUUUGAACAGUUAGGCAGUUAAAAUUCUGUGUAUUUAAUCUAAAUAGGGUGCAAGUGAUAAUGUAACUAUAAGAUUGAUUGUAUAGGAAUAUAGCAUAGAAUAUUUAUGAAAAUCAGUAGCCCAUUGUAUAAUUGCAGAGUGAAGCUAGAAAAUGUUUGUAGAUGUGUUUUUGAUGGUCAUGUCAGAUAUGUUUGUUUUGCCUUUUAAUGUUCUUUGUUAGCUACAUGCUGUUUGUACUUGACUAGUUCAUUGACCAAAAAGCAUAAAAUUGUAUGAUAAGAUACUAAAUUAUCUAUGUUAAAGGGUUAAAACACAGCAAAAACUCCUUUGGGUAUUCUCAAGUAUGAUGGUAAUAUACUCUCAUUUCCAUGCAAUUUUUAGGGUUUAAGAAAACUCAAAAAUGCGCUCAGCAUAAUAUAUUUAUUAAAUUGUAAAUUAAUUACUACAUGUCUAAAAAUGUUUUUUUUAAUUGUUAGAUACAUAUUUUCAGGUCAUGAUUAAGCCAUCCACCAAAACUCACUUUAGAUUGUGAACAUAAUUAUGUGUCUUAAAUUAAUAGGUUGUAUUCAAUUUUCAUGUGCAUUUUAAAUUAUAUACACAUUUUCUUAUUUUAAUAUCAUGUGUUGACUUUGUAUUUGAACACAAAGUUUAAAAGUAGACCAUAAAUGACACAAAAUACAUGUAACUAUGCUAUAUGUACUGUAACCCUUGUAUAUUGUUUAUUUCUAACACUCCAUCAGCCCACUUGAGUGUUGUAUGCACACUAGAAUGUUUACAUUGUAUAUGAAUGUGACAGCUCUGCACAGAUGGCCCAUUCACAUCUGUUGGCUUAUUUAAGGUGGAGUUACUUGCUCUCAUUAAUGUUUAUUUAUUAUGCAUGUCAUUGAAGAAGGCAAGGCACAUUGGUUUACCAAUGUCUGUCACAUUUUUUUCUGCCCUCUUGAAAUGCGGUUGUUCUUAACCGAUCGGUUCACAUUUAAGUUGGUAUAACAAGUCUGCUAAGAUAAACGAUAAGUCAAAUCUCCUCUGAAUAGUUGAAUUAUGAACCAUGAAAUGUCACUUGAAUUGGUUUGUUAAGACUUUUGUGUGCUUAUCCAUAUUUAUCUGGUCAUCAUCUGACUUGGUUUUAAUUUUUGCAGGUUUAUAUAGAAAUUGUCAUUAUCAACUAAACCAGAAAUCGCACAGUUUUCUCUCUUUUUAUCCAACACUAUUGAUCUGACUGUGAACAGAUUUGAUAUUUAGAUUUCUUUUAACCUAGAGCAAAUACCUGUUCUACGUGUUUCACAUGAAUGAUAUGGAACUAAAAUGUGCUUCAUUAUGCAAAAUAUUUGACCAGGGUUGCUCCAGACCAGUGCCUACAGGUCGGAGCUACACUGGACACAUAUGGCAUAAGACACAUAUUGGUCUGGAGCUACACUGGACACAUAUUGCACGAGACCCAUUUAUGCAGGAUGCAGGUCAUAUGAUGUUGUUAGUAUCCUCAUUGUUAUUAUGUAUGAAAAUAAAACUACAAAAUAUGUG